UCUGGGCUAUGGAGUAGAAGCAGGAGCUUUUCAACCUAGUGACAGACACAGAACAGCACCUACCCCCUCCUCCUUCCCACACCUGCAAACUCUUUUGCUUGGGCCGAAUAUUUAGUGUAAUUACAUCUCAGCUUUGAGGGCUCCUGUGGCAAAUCCCCGGAUUAAAAGGUUCCUUGGUUGUGAAAAUACAUGAGAUAAAUCAUGAAGGCAACUCUCAUCUUCCUCCUGCUUGCUCAAGUUUCCUGGGCAAGACCAUUUCAGCAGAGCAACAUAUUUGAAUUUUAUGACUCCAUGCCAAAUGAUGAGGCUUCUGGGGCAGCCCCGGAGGAUCCCCGUUUUGAUACCCCCAGACUCAGUUCUGAACUUCCCGAGCUGGAGCCUCUGGGACCCGUGUGUCCCUUCCGCUGUCAAUGCCAUCUUCGAGUGGUCCAGUGUUCUGAUUUGGGUCUGGACAAAGUGCCCAAAGAUCUUCCCCCUGACACUAUGCUGCUGGACCUGCAAAACAACAAAAUAACUGAAAUCAAAGAUGGGGACUUUAAGAACCUGAAGAACCUUCAUGCACUGAUCCUUGUCAACAACAAAAUCAGUAAAAUCAGCCCUGGAGCAUUUGCACCUUUGGUGAAAUUAGAACGACUCUAUCUGUCCAAGAAUCAGCUGAAGGAACUGCCAGAAAAAAUGCCCAAAACUCUUCAGGAGCUGCGUGUCCAUGAGAACGAGAUCACCAAAGUGCGGAAAUCAGUGUUCAACGGGCUGAACCAGAUGAUCGUCAUAGAACUGGGCACCAACCCGCUGAAGAGCUCGGGCAUCGAGAACGGAGCCUUCCAGGGAAUGAAGAAGCUCUCCUACAUCCGCAUCGCCGACACCAACAUCACCGCCAUCCCGCAAGGUCUUCCUCCUUCCCUGACUGAAUUACAUCUCGAUGGCAACAAAAUCACCAAAGUUGAUGCAGCUAGCCUGAAAGGACUGAAUAAUUUGGCUAAGCUGGGACUGGGCUUCAACAGCAUCUCUGCUGUUGACAAUGGCUCUCUGGCCAACACUCCUCAUUUGAGAGAACUUCACUUGAACAACAAUGAGCUUAUCAAAGUGCCUGCUGGGCUGGCAGAACAUAAGUACAUCCAGGUUGUCUACCUUCAUAACAACAAUAUCUCUGCAGUUGGAUCUAAUGACUUCUGCCCACCUGGAUACAACACCAAAAAGGCUUCGUAUUCGGGAGUGAGCCUUUUCAGCAACCCAGUUCAGUACUGGGAGAUCCAGCCAUCCACCUUCCGAUGCAUCUACGUGCGCUCAGCCAUUCAGCUCGGAAACUUCAAGUAACUCCCACGAAAGCCCUCACUUUUCUAACCUGGCAAAAUCCCAUUAAAAAAGAAAAAAGAAAAUGAAAGCUAGAUACUGAAAUCCUAACAGCAAUGUGGAUGUUUUUCCCACAUGACUUAUUAAGCAUAAAGCCAAAUAUGCAGUUUAAAUAAUUGCCUACAAUAAAAAAAAAUGUUUUGCCUGCCAUUUCGAGAUCCUUUUUUGAAGCUUUCUGUUGAUGUUAACUGAGCUAUUGCAGAUUUCUUCUUUCACUCGAUGUAAAAUUUGGAGAAAAUAUGUGUGUCCAAAAUUUAGUAAAGCUUUUCUCUUUUUUUUUUUAAUUUUCAGGAGAUCUUAAAUUUAAAAAGUAUCAAUCUUCUGUAACUCAUAGGAUGGUUAGUACAUUUGACGUAACGUCAAAAGUCAAACCCUAGCUUUGUAUUAACCCCAUUAUUACUGGGAAGGCCUCAGUUGAAUAUGUAAAUUCAAUAUAGGCUCUGUAAAAUUUUUUGCUGUCAUUAUUUUGAAAAAAAUAAACUCACAAGUUCACAUUCAGAGUCA